UCAGAAACCAACCAACCGCGCCCGGAAGUCGCGUCGACCGACUAAACUCGAUCCAUCAGACCAUUCUCGAGAACCGCACCGUUGCCGUUCGAAGAAACGACGACGGACCGAUCCGAUCCCCCGUGCCCAUGUCCCUUUCCGCCGGCGGGCCCGACCGAGUCUUGAAGUCAUCAAAAUCGCGCGAAGUCAUCAAUGCCGCAUCCUCGGAUUCCCCUGGCGCCCCCUGUCGCCUGUCUCCGCGUGUGCCGGCCCAUUGGGCUCCAUGCGUCCCUACCCCCUUCCCGUCUUCCCACACGGCCCCACCCAGCUCCACUCCACGCGAACCGAGGCCGCCCCUCCCCCUUCCAUUUCAAAUCCCACCACCACGCCGCCCCAAACGGUCGCUCGUUGCGCCCCUCGGUUUGGUUCGGCCCCGCCCCGACUGACCGACCGAUCGAUCGAUCCGGCGGAGGGCGCCAUGGCCUCCCCCAACCCCGCUGCGCCCGACGCGGCGGGGCUGCUGAGGCCGGAGGCCGUGGCGGGCCCGGCGGGAGGCGAGGGCUCCACGUUUGGCUCGGGGGUGACCGCGGCGGUCGCGGGGGAGCAGGCGCCGAGGAGGGUCUUGGCGGCGCGGAAGGAGCGCGUAUGUACGGCCAAGGAGCGCAUCAGCCGCAUGCCGCCCUGCGCUGCCGGGAAGCGGAGCUCCAUCUACCGCGGCGUCACCCGGCAUAGGUGGACAGGUCGAUAUGAGGCUCACCUCUGGGACAAAAGCACAUGGAAUCAGAAUCAGAACAAAAAGGGGAAACAAGUAUAUUUAGGUGCAUAUGAUGAUGAAGAGGCUGCAGCAAGAGCCUAUGAUCUUGCUGCAUUAAAAUACUGGGGAGCUGGAACACAAAUAAAUUUUCCAGUCUCUGAUUAUGCGAGAGACCUUGAAGAGAUGCAGAUGAUCUCCAAGGAGGACUAUCUUGUGUCUCUUAGGAGAAAGAGCAGCGCCUUCUCAAGGGGUUUACCAAAAUAUCGUGGGCUUCCUAGACAACUGCAUAAUUCCAGAUCAGAUAAUUCUUUGGGACAUCUACUCGGCAAUGACUACAUGAACCUUAGUUGUGGUAAGGAUAUCUCGUUGGAUGGAAAGUUUGCAGGAAGCUUUGGUUUAGACAGGAAAAUUGAUCUUACAAAUUACAUUCGGUGGUGGCUACCCAAAAAGACACGGCAGUCGGAUACAUCUAAAGCAGAAGAGAUUGCUGAUGAAAUCCGAGCUAUUGAAAGUUCGAUGCAACGGACUGAACCGUAUAAGUUGCCUUCCCUUGGCCUCUGUUCUCAUUCAAAGCCCUCUUCAGUGGGCUUAUCAGCGUGUAAUAUAUUAUCUCAGUCUGAUGCCUUCAAAAGCUUCUUGGAGAAGUCUACAAAAUUAUCUGAAGAAUGUACUCUCAGCAAAGAAAUGGUUGAAGGAAAGGCUGUUGCCUCGGUACCUGCUACUCGACUUGAUACAGCAACAGUUAAUAUUAACAUGAAUGAGUUGCUAGGGCAAAGAGUUCCUUACACAACGGUGCCUGUUAUGCCUACACCAAUGAAGAGUACCUGGAGCCCUGCUAAUCCAUCGGUGGACCCUCUUUUUUGGAGCAACUUCAUAUUGCCAUCGAGUCAACCUGUUACGAUGGCGACAAUAACAACAACGUUUGCAAAGAAUGAGGUAAGUUCAAACGACCCAUUCCGGAGCCAAGAGUGACCGUACAAGCUUAUGAAAGCAGGAUAUUUUAUCUUGGCAAAUCAAUGACAACAUCCUGUGCUUCGUCAAGAUUACUUUUGCACAGCUUUUGAUGUCGUGACUCAUGAGCAAUACUCCUUGUGUAUCGAUACUUCAUAGGACAUGAAUAGAAGGUAAGACAAGUACAAGAAUAGUUAUGUAAUAUACAGUGGUGAGUUCCCUGAAAGUGAUAUUUAGUUGUAGAGCUGUCUGUACAUAUUGCGGUGGUUGUUCCAACUACAAGGCUCAACAGAUUUGAGGACAAGAUCCGACAAAAUGAUGUGAAUUUUUAUGCUAAAUUAAUUAUUUUUUACAAAUAUUUCCACUGUAUGUUUGGAGUGAAACAAACGGUAUGGCUGCAUAAUUCCGUUGAUAACUUUACAACAAAACUAUGAGGUUUAACCGUGAAUUAAUGUAUACAUAGAAAACUUAAGAAGGAGACUAGCCUUAGAAAACUUAAGGAGACUAGCCAAUGGGGCGGCAGUGGUUCCAUAGAGAUUUUGAUCAAAUAAUUUCAUGUUUUAGAGUGGUCUUUUACAAGUUUAAGAGAAGUUUCACCCCCAAGUAUAUGUAACGAGGUAUUGAGAAG